AUGACUGGCCGUCUCUUCGCCCUUUCCCUGGGGCUUCUGUCUUAUAUCGCGACGCCAGUAGCAGCUCAGAGUGUCAGCGCAAGCAGUUUUACUCUCUCCAACACCGAAGAUGUCACCUUCCUGUCAGGAACCAAGACUGUCCCCGUUACCCAGGCUAGGACGCCGACGGGGCCCUAUGCGACCUACACCUCGAAAAUCACCCUCACGGGGGAGAAACUGACGACAGUAACCGGAACCGUGACAUUUACAGGCAAUAUCACGCAAACGACCACAAACGCCGAGGGCCAGUCCGUUGUCAUCAUCUCAGGCGAGACCUCCGUCAUGACAGCCACCGUCAAUGGCACCGCGUCGCGGACAUCGUCGGCCUCUCCCACCCCGACUAACACGACGCCCUGCAACAACUACGUCGAGUUCUGUGACAGGAAGUACAGCAACAUCACCGAGGUCGGCUGUCACAACUCGCCGUUCGUUCGCCCAGGCAAUUCUGCUUCAAAUCAGGCGCUCGACGUGACAACUCAGCUCAACGACGGUGUUCGCUUCCUCCAGGCACAGAUUCAGUGGCCGACGAACGGCACCGAGCCGCACUUCUGCCACUCUUCUUGUGACAUUCUUGAUGUUGGCCCCAUCACUGAGUGGCUCACCACGGUUCGCGAAUGGGUUGCUGCCCACCCUUACGACGUGGUAACAAUUCUCCUCGGAAACGGCAACUACUCAAAGCCAGAGUUGUACGCCCCCUUCAUUGAGUCUACCGGAAUCCUCCAAUAUGCCUACGAGGCUCCCUUUCUCCCCAUGGCUCUCGACGACUGGCCUACUCUCGGCGAGAUGAUUCUUCGCGGCAAGCGCGUCGUCAUGUUCCUAGACUACGUGGCCGACCAGGAGAAGUACCCAUGGCUUCUGGAUGAGUUCUCUCAGAUGUGGGAGACCCCCUUCGACCCCAUGGAUCGCUCUUUCCCUUGCACUGUUCAACGGCCCCCCGAUCUGGCAGAACAAGAUGCUCGUAACCGCCUCUAUCUCAUGAACCACAACCUCAACGCCGAGUACAAUAUCUUUGGCGCCUCCAUCCUCGUCCCCGCCGUCUCCCUGCUGAAUGUGACCAACAACGCGACAGGCGACGGCUCGCUCGGCAAGAGCGCCCGACAGUGCAGCACGAACUGGGGCCGUCCGCCCAAGAUCCUAAAUGUCGACUACUACAACUAUGGCGAUCCCCCGGGCUCAGUCUUCAAGGUUCAGGCCGAGAUGAACAAUGUCACGUAUAACCGCGAUUGCUGUGGUAAGGUCACUGGUGCAUCGCCAGGACGACCAGCCAUCUCGGUGUUUUUGAUGGUCGGGGCUAUGGCAUGCGCUUUGCUACUGGUGUAA